AGCUGACAUAUUGGGAAAAACCAAACCGUUGUGCUAGGUGGGGGGAGGCAAGGAUAAUACAAAUCAGGAUGUUCGCAGCAUGUGGCUUUUGUUCAUCAUGUUCUACGGACAUCAACAUGGCGCUGCGGGGACUGGACAUUUGUGUACGAUUCCUAAUGCGUGAUACUCUAAGGAAAGGAAUACUACACAUUUCGCCUCGGACUGGGUGUUUGGGUUGUCAAGUUGGAGCAAAGCGACAUCUCUUGUCUGACGAUGUUGUGAAGCUGCAAAAUUUUCAGCAGAGGAAACUUGCAGUGGCCUACCAGGUGUCAGGAGCAAAAGAGGUCUACUUUGAAAAUGUAAAUCAGAAACUUAAGAAGAAUGAGUUGAUUCUGACGGAUGAGCUGAAGCUGCUGCUGCAUUUAUGUCAGUCAGCAGAUGACAUGGUCACAGCCAAAAGUGCUAUCUACAGGUAUCAUGAGGAGAACAGACAUGUGUCAUUUGGGGACUUUAAAUUUGGUCCCCUGUUCAUGAGGCUAUGUUAUGAACUUGGCUUGGAGGACAUGGCAGCAACUACUGUGACUGACAAGUCACUAAAAGGAUUCUUCUCAGAUUCGACGUCAUUCAACAUUGCGAUAGACAUGCUGUUUAUGAAAGAAUACUAUGACAGUGCCUUAACAGUAAUGGCAGAGAUGAGAAACCAGGGUGUGACCUUCAGUAAAGACACCUACACCUUAGCCUGUGCCACCUGCUACAAGCUGAAUACUCCAAAGUCCUAUAGAGUCUGCCUGGUCCUACUGGAGGAGGGGCAGCUCAAAGGUCACAUGAUCCCCAGACACGCCUACUGCUUUGCCUCCGCUCUUGCUGUCAAACAGAAAGACACAGGGAAGGCAAGGAUAUUUUACUCUCAGAUCUUGAACCCGGACAGCAGACUAUGCAUGAAUCUAAACGUGUGGAUCCUGGCUGUGGAAGGCUCAAUAAAAGAUGCCAUUGGCACCCUUAAUACAUCCAUCCUCCCCAACAGUCCCGUCUUCGUUAGGAGACCUGAAUUCAGUCAUGAAGUGCUGGAGGUGCUGCAGAACCAGAGUGAAGGUGGUCCGUGGUCCGGGCAGGUGGAGAAGGUGGUGUCACGGCUGCAGAAUGCCGGGCAGGUGACGCCGCAGGGUUUUGACGACAUACUGUGCUACACCCCUAAGGGGAAAAGGAAACCGGUGGCCAUAUCGGAGAACAGAAUGACUAGUCGCAGGAUGCUGAGGCCAUUGCGCUCUACACUGCUGUCUGAGUAACACGAACACGCACACACUUACGAGAGAAGAGACCUGUGGUCUUGGAGAAGGACCAGCCAGAGACUAUGCUCACUUACUAUUUGCCUUAUAGCAGAAGGUCUCCUUUAAGAAGUUCCACUGUACUUCUGAUGUGGGUCUGGUACGACAGAGCAAAUGGUAAUGUUUUAGAACCGGAUCUCGUCCCACCCAGUUUGUCUUCCUAACAGGCUCAUAUCCAGAACCAGAACCGUAAAGUCGUAAACUUAACCUACCUCUCCUGUCAAUCAAACUGAACUGUGUCAGCAAUACCUCCAGAGAUGGAGAUUUAUCCACAAGUAUUAAUUCAGCAUCAGAUCUGUUUGACUGUUUCAUUGAAGAGAUGCGUUGAAUCUAUGUUAAGGAAAGCUGCUGUAUAGAGAACAAGUUAUGGGCACUAAGUCAGAAUAGUUGCAUCCUUCUCCCGCACAGCAAGUAGAGGGACACCUUUUCUGUAUUAAGUUAUUUGAGAAGGUAGAACUGUAACUGAUGUUAAGGUUUGUUAAUACAUUUAUUAAUUAAUUUGUUAUUAAAGAAGUUCUGGGUCAUGCGUGAUCAGCUGGA